UGUCAUAAACAGUCAUAGAGUCAUAGUGGAUGGCAGCAGCUACUUAAUCAUCUAAGUCGAUUACCAGACAUACAAGGCGUUUCUUACCCUCUCCCAACAGUGAUACUCCCUCGAUCUAUAUACAAGUUGCUGGCGAUCCAAAGCUGCCAAGGAAGCGGACGAAUCUCUCGCACAGUCGAGGAUCAGACUUCGUUCAGCUCGGCCGAUUUGAACGAUCGCUUCCAGAGGACAAUCCGACAAAAUGCUAUUGCAUGUUACAUACCUUAUCUUGCUAUCAGGCAUUCUACCUAGAUCAUUUUUGCAAAUAAAUGCGGCUCCAGCGACUUAUGAUCAGCGACAGAAUGGUGAUUUCAAUGUGGACGCCAAAUUUGACAAUUUUUUGAUAGUCGUUGCUACUUCCGGUAAUGGUCUCUUCUUCAGGAAUCUGGCAUCACAAAUGCUAGAGAUGAACGAGCUAAUUCCGCAGUACAGUAAGCAACAACAGAUCAGCGAGAAACCAUCUGAAACGUUAGUUUAUGAGACAGAAAAUGCAGAUGGCGGGAGGGAGCCUUACCACGUCGAGAUCGUUCAUAUAGAAAAGGAAGCGGAUAAAGGUAAACAUCCUGUUGAAUCGCCCGAUGCUAAAAGUAGCGAAAAAAUUGAAUUGUUAAAAGGUACUAAAAAUUCUGAAACGAUGCCGCAAGAUACAACUAAUUCAGAAAUACUUAUUGAUAGCAAAAGGGCAAUAAAAAAGACUAAACAAAUUUCGAAUGAUACAUCAGAACUACAUCUGAUUAUUGAUAGUUCGAUGAAAGAAAACAAAAGAUCCGCAAACGCUAGAAAUUUACAAGUGGAAAAUUUCGAUCGUUCUGAUGACUUACCGGUUAAAGAAGAGAUAUCAAAGGCAACUAAACCAGGUAUAUCGUUGAAAAAACAAUUAUCUAAGGAGGAAGAGGAGGAUAUACCUUCGAUAUCUGAAGAGAGGAAUGAACUGGAGAAUAAGCGUCAGGAGCUGGUGUUACUGGGAGGUGGUAUUGAGAAUUGUGGACCUGGAAGAUAUAGAGAUAAAUUUGGUAUCUGUCAGAACGAUAAGAAUUAUAAAGAAAUUUACUCCAUAUAGAAAAAAGUAA